AUGGUGCUGAGUUCAAGAGACCAGAAGGAGAAGCAUACAGGAGUAAAAUGGAAGGAGAAUCAAGCAGAUUGGAAACCCACACUCCAGUUUUCGUCAAGAAAAAGACUAAGCAUUCUGUACAUAAGGAGAGACAUGGGAGGCAUCCCCAUGAAAGUUUCAGAGACUCCUCCUUGGCAAAUGAACAGGCUGACAUAACUAAGGGUAAAAAAAAGAGAAAGGAUGCCCAGCAUCUUGUUUCUUCUCCUUUGAAAAAAUCAGAAAUUUGCGAUGAGACUGAAAAGGCCACUUCUAUACCCAAAAAGAGUAAAAAGAGAAGAAAAGGUGCUUUGGGGGUCGAUAAGGAAGCAGGUGUUGCGUACGUCCUGGUGAAUAAAGAAAACAUUGAGAACACACCAAAGAAUUUUACAAAGAAUGUCGAUGUCGUUUACAUUGAUGUAAGCAAGGAGCGAAAGUCAACAAAAGGGCCUGAAGCAGAUGAACCGCAUUUAGUUACUAAGUCACAUGAACAUGAGUCAGAACUGCAUGAUAAAGUUCGGGAGAAAAAGCAGAAAAAACAUCGGAGGAAAGUUGCAUCCUGUGAUGCUGUCCAGGAAAGUCUGGGUGCAAGCAUUACCCUGCCCGGAUCAGAAUCCCAAGAGCAGGAACCCCAGCCUCCCAUGGGCCAAGAAGGUGAAAUUGCGCAACUACCAGUGUCUGCAGAUCAAAGCAAGUCUAAGAAAAGAAAGAGGAAGCGUGCAAAUGACCAGGAAUUUGAGGCCUUGCCUGCGCCUGAGAGCGCUGAGAACAUAUACUCAGAGGGAUCGCAAGUGAUUGGUGAGGUCGGGACUGCAGGAGGCAAUCAGGAAUCCAGUGGCCUCAAGAAAAAGUCUAAGAAAAGGAAGAGAAGAUCUGUUGAUACUGCCGCGGCACCUGGUGGUGAUUUUUCAGUCCUCAGGACGAACUCUGAGGACAUGCUCUUUGAUUCAGUGGAAGGUCAUGGUACCUUGAUUGAAGAAAGUGUGAAACCCAGACCACAAGAGGAGAAACCCCAGGCCUGUUCAGAAGAGGUGCAGAGAUUAGAACCUACAAAUGAAGAAGAAAGCAAUUUGGAGUCGGCUAAAGAUCCUGAAACCAAGUAUUUAUCUGAAGAUUCGAGAGAUUCAGAUAAUUCAGACGUGGAUUUGGAUUCUGCUGUGAGGCAGCUCCAGGAGUUCAUCCCUGAUAUCAAGGAGAGGGCUGCCACUACAAUUAAGCGAAUGUAUCGGGAUGACUUGGGACGCUUUAAAGAAUUUAAAGCCCAGGGUGUCGCUAUUAAAUUUGGCAAGUUUUCCGUGAAGGAAAAUAAGCAGUUAGAGAAAAACGUGCAAGAAUUUCUGUCUCUGACAGGAAUCGAGAAUGCAGACAAGCUGCUGUACACAGACAGAUACCCAGAGGAGAAAUCUCUAAUCACCGACUUAAAAAGAAAAUACUCGUUUAGAUUGCACAUUGGUAAGGGCAUUGCCCGGCCCUGGAAACUCGUAUACUACCGAGCAAAGAAGAUGUUUGAUGUCAACAAUUACAAAGGCAGGUAUAGCAAAGGAGAUACCGAGAAGCUAAAGAUAUACCAGUCCCUCCAUGGAAACGACUGGAAAAAGAUUGGCGAGAUGGUGUCUCGAAGUAGCCUCUCUGUGGCCCUGAAGUUCUCCCAGAUCAGCAGUCAAAGAAAUCAUGGUGCUUGGAGCAAGACGGAGACCCAGAAACUAAUCAAGGCUGUUGAAGAAGUGAUUCUAAAGAAAAUGUCUCCCCAGGAGCUAAACGAGAUGGAUUCUAAACUCCAAGAGAAUCCUGAAGGCCGCCUGUCAGUUGUUCGGGAAAAACUCUACAAAGGCAUAUCCUGGGUAGAAGUGGAGGCUAAAGUGGAAACCAGGAAUUGGAUGCAGUGUAAAAGUAAGUGGACGGAAAUUCUAACCAAGAGGAUGACAAAUGGUCGGGACGUAUACCGGGGAGUUAAUGCCCUACAGGCCAAGAUCAACCUCAUUGAAAGGUUGUAUGAAAUAAAUGUGGAAGAUGUUAAUGAAAUAGACUGGGAAGAUCUUGCUAGCACCAUAGGGGAUGUUCCUCCAUCUUAUGUCCAAACUAAAUUUUAUAAGCUGAAAGCUACCUGUGUUCCCUUUUGGCAGAAGAAGACUUUUCCAGAGAUUAUAGACUACCUUUAUGAGACUAGUCUACCGUUGCUUAAAGAAAAAUUAGAGAAGAAGAUGGAGAAAAAAGGGACUGAGAUCCAGACCCCGGCAACCCCCAAGCCAGUCUUCCUGUUUCGAGACAUCUUUUAUUGUGACGAUGACAGUGAGGGAGAAGACGGAGAUGAAAAAUGUUAAGCGGCUGAUACUCUCUCUUGUCCAUUUUUCUAGGUCUGGUUGUGUUUAUAUACGUGUCAAUAAAGCUAUUUUCACUAUUGAUUUUACUGAAGAAGGUGCAACAGCCAAAGGAAGGGUAUGAAAAUAAUAACAUAUUGUGGAGCAUUAAAAAUUGAUUCACAUUUCAUAUUCAAGUUUGUCUGAAUGUGAAAAGAAAGGCAAGUGUAUGAGCUGAUUUAAUAUUUUCUGUGCUAUUAUAUUGAAAAUAAUUACAACUAAUGGUUUUCAUACAACAGCAGGAUCCCAAGUCCCUCUAAUGGCAGCAGAGGGUAGUCAUGUCCGACGAACAUUUUCUUUUUUUUUGGCUGCGCCACAUAGCUUAUGGGAUCUUAGUUCCCCACCAGGGAUUGAACCCAGGCCCUCGGCAGUGAAAGCGCAGAGUCCUAACCCCUGGACCGCCAGGGAAUUUACCCCAAUGAACAUUUUCAUGAUGUGGAUUCAACUAUACGUGCAUUCAGCAAAAAAGAGAAUGUUUACAAUUUUAAUAAUGCAUGCCAUUUUGCUUUCUGUUUUUCAAUUGUUUAGAUGUAUAUUUUAGUGUGUGUACGUAUUAGGUAAGUGGUACAGAGAAGUUUGUGUUCCCAUAAACUGGUUUCGGUUCCCAUGUGCCUGUCAUGGUGUGCGUAUCUCAUCUUCCUGAGUGUGAUUCUAGUGUUUAAAGAUAGGUAUUUUUCAUACAAGAUGCCCUCUCAAAGCCAGUCACAGAAUUCAUCUGGUGUUGAACUGGAAAAAACAAAGAAACCAGCAAUCUCUUCCAUUGCUUCUGGAAAAACUGCCUCUGUUAGACUUCCCUUGCUGGCAAAGGAAAUAAAGUGCCCAGGCUUCUAGCCUCAUCUGUACAGGGGAGAACAUAGAAAGGAAGGUGUGGGUGAGCAAUAUCCCAUACAGUGAGGCCACCCUCUGGGACAAGGUGCAGCACCCUUGUCUCCUGAGUGUAGCAUCGUGAUGUGUGAUGUUGGUCAAUUCAUCCACAAAGCUAGACAUUUUUCCAAGCUUGCCGUCAUCAGAGAAGGAAGAAUACAGAGAAACAAGUUUAGGAGUCCUCAGUCACCAGUAUAUCCACAGCACCUAUCAUGGUGUUGUGCAAAUAAUAGACACUCGAUACAUAUUCAGGGAACAAAUGAGUAUUUUCUUUUUAAAAAUUUAUUUAUUUAUUUUUGGCUGUGUUGGGUCUUCGUUGCUGCACGCAGGCUUUCUCUAGUUGCUGCGAGCAGGGGCUACUCUUCAUUGCAGUGCGCGGGCUUCUCACUCUGGUUGCUUCUCUUGUUGUGGAGCACGGGCUAUAGGUAUGUGGGCUUCAGUAGUUGUGGCCUGUGGGCUCAUUAGUUGUGGUGCACGGGCUUAGUUGCUCCGCAGCAUGUGGGAUCUUCCUGGACCAGGAGUUGAACCCGUGUCCCCUGCAUUGGCAGGCGGAUUCUUAACCACUGCGCCACCAGGGAAUUCCCAGAACAAAUGAAUAUUUUCUUUUUAAUAAGCAUUUUGCCUUUAGUCACCUCCUUCUAUCUGUCAAACAUACCAAUCUCCAGGCUGAUGGGAAUAUAAAUUACAUGUUCCUUUUGGAGGACAAUCCGGUAGAAUACAUCAAAGCCUUAAGAAUGUACAUAUUCUGAGAUCCAGCAGUUUCACUUCUAGGACCUAAAGAAAUAAUAGAACUAGUGUAAAAGAAUGGCACAUUUAUAAUAUGAAAACUAGAAAAAUAUAAAUGUUCUUUAAUAGGAAAUUUACUAUAUAUGAUGGUAUAUUCCUAGAAUGGAAUAUUAGGCAGUAAUUAAAAAUGAUAAUGAGGGACUUCCUGGGUGAUGCAGUGGUUAAGAAUCCGCCUGCCGGUGCAGGGGACACGAGUUCGAUCCCUGGUCUGGGAAGAUCCCACAUGCCGCAGAGCAACUAAGCCCGUGCACCACAACUACUGAGCCUGCGCUCUAGAGCCCACAGGCCACAACUACUGAGCCUGUGUGCCACAACUACCGAAGCCCACGUGCCUAGAGCCCGUGCUCCACAAGAGAAGCCACUGCAGUGAGAAGCCCGUGUACCACAACGAAGAGUAGCCCCUGCUCGCAGCAACUAGAGAAAGCCCAUGCAUGGCAACGAAGACCCAACACAGCCAUAAAUAAAUAGAUAGAUAAAUAAAAAUUUUUUUAAUGAUAAUGAUAGAUUUGGUUAACAUACAAGGUAAACAAUAUAAUCAACUAAAAUACAUACUGUUUUUCAUUCAGAAGUGUACAUAUUAUCUUCUUAAUUUUGUAACAGUAAAAAAAAAAAAAAUAGGGACUUCCUGGUGGUCCAGUGGUUAAGACUCCUUGCUUCCAAUUCAGGGGGCACAGGUUCAAUCCCUGUUGGGGGAACUAAGAUCCCACAUGCUGCGUGGUGCGGCCAAAAACGAAAAAAAAAAAAUUGUGUAAAUAGAGAUGCAUUACAGUGUAAGGGAGGAAUUAAACCCAAAGUGUUGACAGUGGUUCUCUCCGGGAAGUGGGAUUGUAAGUUUAUAGGUUAGAAGUCUUGACUUGCAAGUGCCAGAAAAUCAGACUCAGAUAGAUCAAAGGCAUCUGGGGACUCUCAGACUGAAAAUCCAGAGGGAGAGGAUGGAUCCAGCUACUCAGAGUCCCCAGAAUGUGUUUUCUUGCUGAUUCUCAGCUCUCCCUUCUCCAGAGUCCACUUUAUCUUCAAUCCACACGAGGGGGCCCCUUGGUCCUGAGGGGUGCCUUCAUAGAGCCCCAUGUUAUAGCAUCCUUCUUAUUAUUACUUAAAUAGAGGAUGCCAUUCAGAGAACAAUAGCUCUUGCUUAAGUCCUGGGUUUUGUUCCCAGUGCCCAAAUUAGAGCUUGUGCCAACUCUGAGCCAUCACUGUAGGCACAAAAAUAGGAUGGUCUUCAACCCAUCUGGGCUCAUGUCUGGAGCUGGGAUUUAGCUCAACCUGCCUUAAAUGGCUGAAAGGGUAAAUACCCCUGUGGAAAAUCAUGGUUCCAUUAGCAGAAGAGGGGAGUGGACCCUGAGGAAGCGACCCACACAUGUGCAGGACUGUGGGUAAUUACCUGUGCUGUGAAUUUUACCCAAUAAACUUGUGUACUUGGUAAAAGCUUAAUUUUUUAACUUUUUCUCACCCCUAGCUCCAUGCCCUUCCCCCACCCCACCCCCCAAAAUCUUAGUUUUGCCAAACACCCUUUUGACAUACAAGGAUCCAGGAAUUUGGAAGAAAAAGAAGGGAAGGGUAGACUGUAUUUGUCAAAUACAGGUCCAAGAGAAGAGAAAAGGGAAAACCAUGAGUUUGGUUUGAAUGUGUAGACUUUGAAGUAUCAACAGGGCCCAUUUGAGGAGACCCCAGUCUACUGCAUGGAGAGAACAGACAAGAACAAACCACACUAGAGAGGUGGGUUGGUUUGUUAGCUCCCUGAGGGUGAGAGUUGGAGCCAUGAAAUGGACAACCCCAUUUACGGCAAGAAAAAGGCAGAAGAGGAAACGUGUACUUGGCAGGGAGUGGAAGAGGAGUAGACUCAGAAAGUGAACAAGGGUAAAGAGAAGAAGGUGACCCAUCUAACAAGAAACAAGACCGAGGAACAAAUAAAAUUGCUUUUCAACAGUCUUGACUGCAUAAUGUGAGAGUCCUUGGCCCAGUCCUUGGCCAUUGAGCACUCUUCAGUAAGCAUGCCUUUCAGCUCUUCAUCUUAAUUUGGAGACUUCAUCGUCCAACAAAGAGGUCCAGAACUGCAGUGCACAGGAGUGUGUAAUCAGACCAUGGCAUCUGUUCUCCUCAGAACACUACUUUUAGUUCAACAAGCAUCAUGGACCACAUGCAGUGAGCCAGGUACUGUUAGGAGCUAAAGAUGUAAGAGGGAACAAUACAGACUUGGUGCCUGUUUUCUUGGAGGCUACACAAUCUAGCACUUUCUGAACACCUUUCCCAGUCCAUCUCCUGAAAUAACACGCCAUAGUGCUAAUUCUUCGACCUCAUCAAAUAAUCCAUCGAUCCAUCAACCCACUCCUAGCCUACCCAAGUGUCCAUCCUUACAAUCCCUCCCUUCUGAACACCCUCGGCUCUUAUUCUCUCCCCCUGGUACUUCCCUGCUCAAGACCCCAGACCUGGAUGAGCCCUUCCAUCUGCCUCCUUUCUGCACCUGAAGAGCUGAAUAUUCCUAGAAGAAAGUCACACAGCUCAGCUGGUUUAAUGACCGUAAACCUCAAAAAGACAGUGUUGCCAGCAACCCCCUAUAAAUUUAUUUAUUUAUUGUUGGCUGUGUUGGGUCUUCAUUGCUGCACGUGGGCUUUCUCUAGUUGCCGUGAGCAGGGUUACUCUUCAAUGCAGUGCGCGGGCUUCUCAUUGUCGUGGCUUCUCUUGUUGCGGAGCACGGGCUCCAGGUGCACAGGCUUCAGUAGUUGUGGCACGUGGGCUCAGUAGUGCCAGCAACCCUCUAAUAGGCUUGCUGUUCUUUUACCCACAUCAGCUGUGUCCUACAUUCAACCAUCCCACAACCCUCUUCUGCCCUUUUCAUGAUUCACUGAGAAAAUUGAAGCCAUCCCCCAUCAAAUCCCUCUUCCCUGCACCAACCAGUCAAUCCUACCUCCAUCUAUAUUCAUCCAUCCUACUACAAGCUGAGUCCCUACACCUGAGCCCUGCAGUCUGUCCCUUCACAUUAUCUCAGAGAUUUUGGUCCUUUGCUGAUCCUUCUAAAUUGUCAGUCUCACCUAUUCUGCAUUGCUAUCACCAUACAAACAAGCCAUGGUAUUAGCUAUCUUUGAUUCUAUACAUGUAGAAUCAAUUACCACUUUCUGCUACACUCCCCCCACUGCCUCCAACUUCUAAAUGCUCAUGUUCCUCGAGACUUUUUGGGCUCUUCACGUUCUCCCGAUGCCUCGAAAUAACAUCUAUGUGCUGAUGGCUCCCAAAUGUGUAGUUAUAGGUCAAAUUCUCCCCCAAACUCCAGGCUAAAACAUUAAUCGGCCUACCUGCCAUCUCCAUUCAAACGUCUGAGCCGUUUGACCAUAAGGUUAAAAAGGACUUUAGUUUUUCAGAGUAGUUUUAGGUUCACAGCAAAAUUCAGAGGAAAGUACAGAGAUUUCUGAAAUACCCACUGCUUCCCCCCCCCAUAUGCAUAGCAUCCCCCAUUAUCAACAUUCCCUACCAGUGUAGUACGUUUGUUACAACUGAUGAACCUACGGUGACACGUCAUUAUCACCCAGAGUCCAUAGUUUUCAUUAGGGUUCACUCUUUGAUAUGUACAUUCUAUGAGUUUGGACAAAUGUAUAAUGACAUGUAUCAGUCCUUUAAUAUCAGAGUACUUUCACUGCCCUAAAAAUCCUCUGUGCUCUGCCUGAAAGCUCAGUCAAUUCACAAAGAAGAUACACUAAUUCUCAAUCUGCACAUGAAAAGAUGUUCUACAUCAUUAGUUAUUAGGGAAAUACAAAUGAGGCACAGUUUUAACCCAUUGGGAUGACUGAAAUUUAAAAGACUUACAAUAGGGAUAGUAUUGACAAGGUUGUGGAGCAAAUGGAAGUCUUAUACUUUUGCUUAUGGUAAUUUAAGACAGUAAAAUCACUUUGGGAAAUGGAUUGUAAAUUCUUGUAAUGUUAAAGACACACCUACCCUGUAAUCCAGCAAUUCCACUCCUGCAUAUUUGUCCAUGUUAACUGAAAACGUAUGACCAUUAAAAGACUUGUACAGUAAUGUUCAUAUCAGCUUUAUCUAUUAACAGUGGAAAACUUGAAACCACCCAAUAUUCAUCAGUAGAUGACUAAAAGAAAAAAACCAAAUUGUGGUGUAUUCAUUGAAUGAUACCCUUCUCUGCAAUAAAAAUGAAUUGCUGAUACAUACAAUAACAUCUGUGAACCUCAUACACUUCAUGUUGAACAAAAGCAGAUGGUCAAAAGAAUACAUAGUGUAUAAUUCCAUUGAUAGAGUUCUAGAAUAGUCUAAAUGAAUCUAUGAUGAUAGAUAUGUUGAUAGAAGUCAAAUCAAUGUUUCCAUUGGGUGAAUGGGGAGAAGAUUUUCUGCCAGGUGUCCCAAGGGCACUUUUCUGGCAGGAAGAAAAUGUUUUAUAUCAUGAUUAGAGAUGGUUACAUGAAAUUACGGAGUUGUUAAAAUCCCUCAACUAUACACCUAAAAUGUGUACUUAUUGUGUAUAAUUGUAUAUAAAUUAUAUAAAGUUGACAAAAUCAUGGAAUAAGAGGCUACAGUGAAGGUUAAUGAUGAUGAAAUCAAUAGAAAUUAUAAUAUAACAAAUAUUUUAGUAAUUCAUUAAGAACAGAUCCAUUUCAAAUAGAAAUAAUGUGUAACAUGUUCUUGGAUUGUUGGUAAUCCACAUAAUGAUGAGUAAUGAGUCAAAUGAUCAAACUGGAAAAAGUACUGAAAUUUUGACAUACUGACAUCUAAAACUCACAAUCUGUAUCUAAAAAUGAGAAAAAUCUAUGACAACCUAGUAGUAAUGUGUUAUCAAUUCCAAGUAUUUAGGUUCAGUCAUUACACCAGAAACUUUAUGUGUCCUGAAUUCUUACAGCUUAUCUGUGAAAAAAGGCUUGAUACAAAUUUUUUUUAACUUGACAAUCCUAAAAUUUGCAUAUUAUAAAAUGAAAUAUUAAUUUGAAACUUUCAUAAACGCAAUAAAAUUUCAUCAAUCUUACUAGAAAAAAGACUGAAUUACGUUUGUGUUCCUUGUAUAGAAAAUGAUCUUCAACCUCAUUGCUGAGAUAAAAGUGUAUGAAGCCCAAAUAUAUAACUUUUAUAGAGUUGUGUUUGCAGCUUAAAUAUUUUUUUCUGAAUUUUUAAUAUUUGUGGGGUUUGUCCGUUUUAAAGAUUUGUAAUUUGUGCUAUUCAUUUCAAAUAAAUAUUAAAGACACCCCUCAAGUUGUGUAAACUUUGGGCUCUACAACUCCUGAGCAUACCUUGGAUCAAUGAAUCUCUGAGUGUAAAAAGCAAUUCACGGAAAAACGCAUUCAGUCUAAUUUGAUAAAGUUCAAAAACACGCUAAGGUUCAUUAUUUACAGAUUAAAGACAAUAUUACCAUUUGUAAUACGUGGUAAUAUUAUAAGGUAAUAAACGUGGUAAUAUUAUAAGGAGAGAGCCACAGCGGGCUCAGAAGCAGGAUGAAAUUAUGACUUCAGUGGCCCUAGGUACUUUUUGCCUUCAGGGGCACUUUCCUCCUUAAAAAUAUCAACAUUUAUAUUUUAUGACUGUAUUGGUAUAAAGACAAAUAAAUGGUAAAUAUUAAAAGAUUUUCUUCAA